ACCCUGCUGCGCAAGAUCGCGUGCGACUUUCACGAGACUGGCUGCACUCUCACUGCCACUGAUCGCCCCUUAGAGAUUUGACCUCCCAUCUCAUCUCCAAUCGUCAUUAUUCAUCCCUCAAUGAUUCCGUCACAUCUCCAUCGACCAUGGCCUUCAACUUCAACUGGUCGCCGCUUAUCGCGGACACCUCAAGAGCACGCGACAUGCUCACGUCUGCCCUAAACAAAUCGCCGAAGCCUCCCAUUAUCGUCGACGAUAUCAUCGUGACCGAGCUGAACUUAGGAUCAACCCCUCCCGAGUUGGAAAUCCUGGAGAUCGGUGACCUGGCUGAGGAUCGAUUUCGAGGCAUCUUCAAACUUGCGUAUUCAGGAGACGCAUUCCUCACCCUGAAGACCAGGGUGCAGGCAAACCCGUUAAACACUCAUUUAUCGACAAAACCCUCGUUCGCAUCGCCACAACCGCUGGCUGCCGGGUCGGGCCUUACGAUACCUCUUCAGAUCACCUUGUCGGACUUCAGAAUGUCGGGCUUUGUUAUCCUCGUGUUCUCCAAGCAGAAAGGAAUCACGCUUGUAUUCCGAAACGAUCCACUCGAGUCCCUGAAGGUUUCCUCGACCUUCGAUUCCAUACCGUUCGUGAGGGACUACCUGCAGAAAGUCAUAGAGGAGCAGUUACGGGUACUGUUCAUGGAGGAUCUCCCGGCCAUUGUGCACCGGCUAUCGUUGCGGCUCUUCUCUUCCGAAUACAGCGAUAUGGAAACCGAGGAAGUAGAUGGACAAAGGAACGAUGAUAGCACGAUCCCUGUAGAUCCUCUAGCCAGCCCUCCCCAGGAUCCAACCGACGCUUUUGGAUUCCCGUUAGACGACGACCAGUUUUCCUUGGACCCAUCCGCCGAACUCCAUGCGUCUUUCUCUCAAAAGAAUCUUCUCCGACUCGCCGCUCUUACCGACUCACACCGCACCUUAUCCCUAUUUACACCUUCGAUCCGCGACACCGUCUUCCGUGCAUGGGCCGGCCCAUCCGAUCGCGCAGAUCAAUUCGGCCAACAUCCCUCGUUUGCGGCCGCGAGUCUUUCCCGAAUGAAUUCGGCGCUUGGGAUUCAUUCGGAUGUCUCCACCGUUUCUGGAAGCGGAGAAAGCGAUGCCUCAUCAUCGCGACCUACACUCUCAAGCUUCUCUUCAUACUACGGCUCCAAUGGCGGCCGGAAUCGCGCACGGCCGAAAAAGCGAAGAGUGGUAGACCUCCGUCGGCCAAAGGACGAAUCGAAAGUGCCAGAUGCAGCUCCACUGCCAGACGCGGUUCAACCGCCCGCUCGGGUACCAGCGACCAUUCAAGAACGAGAAGUGGAUCUUCCCUCGCCAACGACGACACCGACCACGUACCCCCGCCUCACGGGCCAACAACCGAGCCAGACGACUUCAUCUGCAAUAUCCUCAAUUAACCUAACCAGUUCGACUGCAGAAUCUCCGUCCUCCUCUAAAUCUAGCGCCGAGUCCGCACCACCUCCUUACCACCUUCACGAAUCUCUUCCGACCCGCGUUGGCAAAGAAAAGCCCAACGACCUCACCCGCCACAAUCUCAACUCCAUUCCCAUGUUCCGAAAUUACUCCUUCGAGAAACCUGGCUCCCCCCUCUCCGCCCACGGCCGCACGUCCAGUUUCACGAACUUAUACUGUCACCAUCACCCCCAACAAUAUUGGGCAUCUGGGCACGCGGGCACUUCGUACUUCGAAUCGACCGGGUCGAUCUUGGAGCAGGCGUGGAUGCGGAAGAUGGCGACGGAAAUCGCCAGCCGGGUCGCGGGCGAGAAGGCUGCGCGGGAAAAGCUGGGAGGCGUGGUCAAGGGGAUAGUGUCCUCUCCUGGGGCUGCACCACCGCUGGCUGAUGCUCCGCCUGCGUACGGGUCCUGAACAUCGACCAUCAGCGUUCGUGCCAUGGUUUGUGAUUUGGCCUGUUUUCUUAUGAAUUAUGACGGUAUGGCUAACCGUGGGGGUUUGGCUUUUUGAUUGUUGAGCGAUCGUGGUUGGGUCCGCGAAACUGGCCGC